AGAAGUGCUCAGAGAGCUGCUGCUUUCAGGGCAGUGAGCCCUCUGAACAUAGUGGCUCUGUGCCUGAAGGUGGGCAGUGGGCAGUGGGUUGGCAUUUAUAGGUAUGGCUGUGUGGCUGGCUGGUUGGCAGUGUCUUUUAUGUGGGGUAGAGAAGAGGGCAAUGCUAGAGCCUGAGCCGGGGCCACACCCUCACCUGGCCAUUCUAUACUCUGCGGUCUCCAUCCCUAGGCUUACAUCACCAGCUUUCCUAAGUCCGGUUUGGUGACUUAAUGUAUUCGGCUGUGCUCUGGGCCUUCUAGUACAGACUCCAACCACCACACUGGGACCUUCUAAGAGGGGGGAAAAAGGGAAGUAGACCCAUCACAUUCUAGUUAGAGGGACUUGAGGGACCAAGGUGUUUGGUGUUCCACCUCCUUCAGUCUAAAGCCCUGCUCAUCCUGCUUUUACUCCUUCCAUCUUUUCUAAGCGAAUUCUGGCUUAAGCCAAUUCUCCCCAUUCGCAGCCUUGGCCGUUUUGGGGGUGGAAGGGGUAGGAUCGGAGCCGGUGGAUGCCCAGCACCUCCCUCUCUAGCUGCUGUGGCUUCGCGUCGGAGUCCGUCCCUGUCAGAGGGGGCGGGGCCGCUCCUGGUACCAGCUGAGAAAGGGACAUCCCCGGGAGCAGAUGCUCAAAUACGGCGGCGCAGCACUGAAGUCUCCUAGUCCGAGUCUGGCCCGGACGGCUGCCGGCCCCAAACGGAGCCCAGAGGCACCCCGGAUCUCCGUCUGACCCAAGUGCCUGAGCUAGCAGGCACCCUAGCAACUCGGACUGACUGAGUGACUCGGGAAGCCCAGGGCGAACUGGAACCAGGAGCUCCGGCGUUCUCUAGACGGAUAGUCUGCACCUCCUAUGCAGAGCGGCCCUUGUUCCCGACGCGCCGGGCUUCGGGCGCGGACCAUGCGCUUGCCCCGGGCGCUGCUGGCCGCGCCGCUGCUCCUGCUCUGCCUCCUGACCCGGGCCCCGGCGGCCGCAGCCUCCCGCGCAGCCCCGGUUCGCGUGGGCGCCUUCAACAUCCGCAGUUUCGGGGACAACAAAGUGGAGGACCCCGCCUGCAGCAGCUUCAUCGCCCAGAUCCUGGCGGAGUAUGAUGUGACCCUGGUUCAAGAGGUCAGAGAUCCGGACCUCAGUGCCGUGUCCGCGCUCCUGGAGGAGAUCAACAGGAUAUCAGAGCACACUUACAGCUAUGUGACCAGCGAGCCGCUGGGACGGGACAACUACAAAGAAAUGUACCUGUUUGUGUACAGGACAGAGACGCUCUCAGUGAUGGAUAGUUACUGCUACCCAGACCCCGAGGACGUUUUUAGCAGAGAGCCCUUCAUUGUCAAGUUUUCAUCUCCGAACACAGCCGUGAAGGAAUUUGUCCUAGUGCCCCUGCAUUCGGCCCCACACAAUGCUGUGGCAGAGAUUGAUGCCCUAUACGAUGUCUACUUGCAUGUGAUUGACAAGUGGGGGACUGAUAACAUCCUUUUCCUUGGGGAUUUCAACGCAGACUGUAACUACGUCAAGCAGCACGACUGGGCCAACAUCAGGCUUCGGACUAGUGAAAUUUUUAAAUGGCUUAUACCAGAUAGCGCUGACACUACCGUAGGGAAUUCUGACUGUGCUUAUGACAGGAUCGUGGUCUGUGGCUCUCGGCUGAGAAAGUGCAUCGUACCCAACUCCGCGACGGUCAACAACUUUCAGAAGUCCUUCGGCCUGGACCAGACUGCAGCUUUAGCCAUUAGUGACCAUUUCCCUGUAGAAGUGACACUGAAAACUCACUAAAGUUCCUUAAAGUCUGUGUGGGAUGCUCUUCUUCAGCCUCUUUUGUUACAACAAACAGCCCCACUGGACACCAAUGUGGGAAAACAUUCCUGGACUCCUGAGGAGGUCGAGUCAGUGCCAGAGAGAUUUUUCUUUUUCAAGACUGAAAGUUUUCAGGACCUAACACUUGAGAUUGGUUUAAUCCCUGGGUGCUGAGCUCCUGAAACAGUUCUAGUGGCCUUGAAGUACAUAUUCUCAACCUCCACAACAAGAGCCUGCCUUUCCCUGAAGCCACCAAAUGCUUUCUGCUGGAAACUUUCACUCAGCCUAAUGGAUUGGAAUUCAGUCCAAGUCUCAAACACAAAAUUUUUCAGGGGUUUUCUAUGAAUUUUGCUAAAUCACAAGAACCAUGGACAAAAUAAUUAAAUGGGGAUGGGAAAGUCCGGAUACAGUCCCAUCUCAAAACGUACAAAGUCAAUGAUUGAUUUUUGGAUGCAUUAAUGAAUUUUAUCUUCUAGUUUUAUAUUCCCUAGGCUUAUAUUCUGCAGCGGCUCCUCAGAGUCUUCAGGGCUGGAGGGGAGACUGCUGCUACCUGCAUCUGUUUGCAUUUCACAGGCCAGACCACCAACUAAUUCUUCAGUUUACCUGUAGAAUAUGAAGAAUAUGAGGAAUUUAUCCUUAAUGUUCAGUAAAAUCCCACUUUGGGGAAAACUUUCUGACCAUUUUGUCUAUUUGAAAAACAGAAAGCUGUCACUUUUAACUGGUGUUCUGUCUACAAAAUGCUACUUACAGAUACUAUAAAUUUGGCUUUCCACUGAGCCAGGGGAGGCCCAAGAUGCUACAUUGUCACCAUUUGAUUACUCCUAGUUGUUUUUAAAUAACAAAUCUUGUAUUUUAUACUUUGUUAUUUUUCACAUCCAUGAUUUCACUUGUUAUAAAAGUCACGUGAGUUAUGUAGGAGAGGGAUCAUUCUAUCUGAUAAAGAAACUAAGAUCCAGAAGUUAAGGGGCUCACUUCCAAACAAUUCUCCCUUGCAUUCUUCUAGUCCUUUUCCAUUUGUGCUUUGAUUUCAUUAGAUUUUUCUAAAAAAGACCUUUCUGAAGAUUUUCACAAUUAAGUUGGUACUAUGUCUCAAAGAGGCAGUUGGAAAGACGGGUCCUCAAGUGAUACAUAGCCACUGUGUGGACUCAGGUAAGUCAUUUCACCCUUAACAGCCCCUAGAACUUUUUCUUGCAUAUCUGGUGGAGGAAGUAUUUACACAGGUUUGGCUCUUUCCUUUUAACCCCUCCAAAAUUAACCUCCAUUCAAAAACCUAAUUAUGCUACUUAAAGAAUUAGAAUGACAACCUCAUUUUUGGUGAUUUAGACUAAAACUAUCUAGGGUCGGGAAGGAAUUUUCUGCACAAUUAAUGACAUCUAUCUGAAAGUUUGGAUUUGUUCCUGAAAUGUCAACCUUUGACACCCACAUGAGUAGGAUUUGGAAAGGGCAAUGAAGAAUAUAUAAAUGACUCUUCCAGGAGAAGACAGGUUUUGGAAAGUGAAGCUCUUUGAGAAUAAGUUAACAGAAGCAAUUCUAAAUCAUGCAAGAAAUCAGUACUGUGAAGAUACCAUCAUCUCCUCUUCUCUGCAACACUCAUUCCAAUGAUAAAGAAACAAACAAGAAUCCCGAAAAGCUAUUUAUUUGAAAAGUUCCAUUCUGAGUAUAUAUAGGGGAAAUGGGAAGAGGUGAAGUGCUCUUCGAAGCUCACUGAUUACUUGC